AUGUCGUUUUUAUUCGUGAAGAAUCGUUUCGAAGCAGUCAAUAAUGUUCAACUUCAAGAAACGUGGUUGCAAAAGUGUUUGGAUAAGCUCAAACAAAAUUCAGAAUAUCAGAAUGCGAACAAUCAAAAGCUUUAUCAGGCGGUUUACAAUGAAUUCCUAGAAUCAGAUCUUAAGCAAUCAAUAAAGCCAUCUCUCCCGCCGCUUAUGGAUAGCACUCAUAAGAUCAUUAUCGGCGAAAAUCGACCUGUAAUUCUCCAAAUAGUUGAAAUUUUCGAAGUAGGGAUUCCGAAUCAGACUUUAUUAGACAUAAUAAACAGUCAUUUUUCGGGAACCAUAAAGCAGGGACAUAAAUACAAUGAUAUAAGAGAUCGACAAAAUGAGCCGAUUCAAUUUCCAAGAGCAAUGCUUAGGUUAUAUUUGACUGAUGGAGCCCAAAUAAUAGAUGCCGUAGAAUUUAAACCGCUAGAACAAUUGAACUUACUUACGCCAAUUGGGACAAAGCAUCAUGAUGAAAGACGGAAUAUUUUGGUAUCAGAAGGAAAUCAAAAUAUACAUCCAAAUAUCAAUUCAGACAUUUCGGUCGACGUAAGUGCACAUUCGAACAUUGUUAAUAACGAAGGAUCUGGUCAAAAGAUGCAUUCCAGAAAUCGAUAUUCAUCAGCAGAUGAGUCAUCCGAAAAUCAUAAUAGAGGAAUUUUAGAACGUAAGGACGGUCCUCCAUCGACAAAAUCGUUCGAUAAAGCUAUGGGUACGGAACGCUCUAGUAACGUCACCACGAACCAUAAAUGCUUUCAAAACGGUAAAACCUCAGGUUCCUUCACAGAAAGUGUCGCACAUUCACAAAGUAACACGUCAGUUUCGACACACGUGGAAAAUGCUGAAGCACCUCAGACCGAACUGACUCCAAGACUCAAAAAUAAUGCACAGCAAUUAUUUGAUAUGUACGAACAAUUGUGGGACGAAGAUGAAUUGGAAAAUAUGUCAUUCUUUAAUUCUCAAAUGUUCUCGGCUAAUGAUGACAAACAUAACGUUACUCCACAAGACAAUCCCAACACUUGUAAUUCGCAGGACUCUGUCAAUAAAAACGACCACACAACCAUUGGCUUAAAAGGAGAUGACGUUAGCGUGGAUCCAUCGAAUAAUGAACAUAAUUUAAAUGGGUCUGAUUCGAACGAUCACAUGAAAGAUAAAUAUUCAUUUUUAAUGGAUGAUAUAGAAUAUGACCCGAGUUUCAUGGACUUCCAGAACGAGGGCUUCGAGAUUGGGAAGACCAAUCAGGGUUUGCGAGAAAUAAGGCAUGAGGGUUAUCCUACUCCUCAAAAUAAAAGACAUAGUGCCUUCAACCUUGAAACGAGAUGGAGUUUAAAACACACACUAGAUGAGGAAGAUUUGAUACAAGAUGACAAACCUAAGGAGAAAAAACGAUGCACAGUUUCUUUGAAGGAUAACAAUGACCUUACUGGGUCCGGUAAAGAAUUCAUCCCAAUCGAAAUAGAUCAUAUCGGGGAUGUGGAAGAGAAAGUUCAAUCAAAGGAUCACCCGGUCGAAUAUAUAAAUAAAAACAAGGAUACAUCAACGAAUCUUACUGUUCAGGAGAAGCUAGACGUAAUCAAAAGUAUACCCAGUAAAGAACGUCCAGAGACUACAUCCACUAAUUCAGGGGAGCCUUUUUUAGCAUCCUCACCAACCAGUUCACCACCCAUCAUUUCUUCAUUAGAAUGUUUUCAGUUACCUAGUGAAAUUUUUGAUGAUAUUUCUCCUAUUGCGACACACGACAAUACUUUUAACGAUAUAUCUAGUUUUGUAGAUAUAAUUGACGGAAAAUUUUCUAGUACAUUAGCAAAUGAAACUGAUAAAAAUACGUCAAAUAUACUGAUAAAGCCAAUGAAUUCAAAUGGGGAUGUUAUUAUAAUAUCUGAUGAUGAAGAGGAGGGUAUUGCGCUUAAUGAUUUGGGAUACGGUGAUUGGGAAGAAAAAUCACCUAGAGAUAGUCUAAUAUUUGGUAUGUCACAAGAUGAAGAACUACCCUCCGAAGAAGAUUUGGUUCGCUCGUCGAUCUUUAAAAAUAAAAUUUCAUAA